UGCAUGCACACUCGCCACAUUGCCCUCCCUCAUCUCAUCCCAUCUUCUUUAUAACCAUGUACUCCUACCAGUGCAGCAGCUCAAGCAGCCUGCCGUCAGUGUGAAGUAGUAGUUGAGUGAGAGGAGAGGAGAUGGGGCACCACUCCUGCUGCAACAAGCAGAAGGUCAGGAGGGGCCUGUGGUCGCCGGAGGAAGACGAGAAGCUCGUCAAGUACAUCACCGCGCAUGGCCAUGGCUGCUGGAGCUCAGUCCCAAGACAAGCUGGGCUGCAGAGGUGCGGCAAGAGCUGCAGGCUGAGGUGGAUCAACUACCUGAGGCCGGACCUCAAGAGGGGAAGCUUCUCGCAGGAGGAGGAAGCCCUCAUCGUUGACCUCCACAGGGUGCUAGGGAACAGGUGGGCCCAGAUAGCCAAGCACCUGCCUGGCAGAACGGACAAUGAGGUGAAGAACUUUUGGAACUCCACAAUCAAGAAGAAGCUCAUAUCGCAGGCCGUGGGCAGCCUCCACUCCGGUAACAUCCCUUCCUCUGCAGAUUUGUACUACAACAUUCUGGAUGGGGCGGGACAAGGCAUCGCAGCUGCGGGGUGCGCGUCGCUCAACGGGCUGGACAAUGCGGCUCAAGCUGUGGCCACGCAGCCCCCUCCAUCCUCCGCGGCAUGGCUCAAUUUCACCUCUCAGCCGCUGUUCCUCCCCGUCCACGGCGCCGUCCCCGGCUGCGACCUCCAGUACACCGUCGACGGGGAGUUCAUCAGGCUGUGCCGCGAGGCGGCUAAUGCUUGCCCGGAGAACGGCGCCUCUAGCCUCUUGGCUCAAGAAGGCGCGGCUGAUCGGAGCUGCCUCCCGGUGUUCGCCGAGCCAAAGGGCGCCGGCGCUUACGCCGCCGAUCCGGGCAUGGGUCCGGUAGCGGACUUCAUGGACGCCAUCCUAGGGUCCUCGUCCACGUCGGCGGCCAGUGUUUCGUCCGUCGACAGCUUCUCCGCGAACACCGGCAUGCAGCUCCACUGGGUUCCCUGAGUUACUGGUUGGGGAUAUUUGGGUAGGUGUAUGUAUGGCCUGAUCUAGCAGUUGGCUUCCUAAAUUAUAUAUAUACUCCUAGCUGAUGAUGGAAUAAUUACCUCAUGUACGUUUCCUAGGGUAUACUACUGUGCUAGUAUUUACAUGAGUUACGUGUAAAUAUAUAUUGUAGGAAUUAUAUAUGUUGUUAUGAGUAUAUAUAUCAUGCUUGUCCGUGUGCCGAA